CUCGCGCUCGGGAGCCGUCACAGGGAGCCCCCGGCGGGUGGGGGUCUGAUUUGUUGGUAUAAAGGUAGGGGCUUUGUUGAGGGUCUUAACCCGGUCCUUCACCAAGAGGGAAGCCACAGGCACCGGUGCUGACAAAUGGGUGGUGAGGCAGGAGGAUGCGGGGGAGAGGAGCUGGGGCAGAGGGACAAUGUCUCCUCUUGGUCCUUCAGAGACUCUUCUACCCUGGGAUGUUCUUCUGCUGGCCCGGGGGCUGGGAAGUGGGAGCUCAGGGACGGGCUCGUCCCUAGGACAUCUCCCCGCCUCUUCCCAGGCUCUGGGGAGCUUCCUGGGUGCCAUGUGGUUGUUGCUGAUUCUCGGGGUGUUGGGUAGGAGGUGGCAUAUAAAGCGUCUGACUCCCUUGCCUCCAGGGCUGCCUGGGCCGAGGGGCACGUGGGGCAGGAUGGAGACAGCGUGGGGUUUCUGCUGGGUCCCAGGCAUGGUCUUGGGGCCAGACAGCUCGUGGGCCUCCUAGGACGGUGUUCAGAGAUGCGCCUGGCAUAGUGGAUGUUCCGCAAAGAAAUUACAGCCAAGCCGCGAGAGGGGCUCGCCCAGGCUGAGGAAGCGGGUCUUCAUAGUGUGCGCCAGGAUGGGGAACCGCCCUUGGAAACGGCAAGUGAAACGGGGCAGGUGGAAGCUUGUGCGUGUGGGGGAUGCUCGAGGCUUCGUUGUCUGCGCUUCUGCAUCCGCUUGAAAAGUUCCGCAGUAAAAAGGUCCUUUUAAACUCUUGGAGUAAACCUCUCAGUGGGACGGACAAGACUCCGGACGGGUGCUGGAGAGCUUACUACAGGGCUGCCUGAAACCGGACCCGCGAAGAUGCUUGGAAACGCCACCCCAAUGACCCUGUCUCCUGGCAUAGCUUCCUCCAACUGCAACGUGUCCUUCGAGGAGAGCAGAGUGUUCCUGGUGGUGGUGUACGGCGCCGUGUGUGCGCUGGGCCUGCCGGCCAACUGCCUGACGGCGUGGCUGACGCUGCUGCAGGCGCUCCAGGGCAACGUGCUGGCCGUUUACCUGUUCUGCCUGGCGCUGUGCGAGCUGCUGUACAUCAGCACCCUGCCGCUCUGGAUCCUCUACAUCUGGAAACAGCACCGCUGGACCCUGGGCCUGUGGGCCUGCAAGGUGACUGGCUACAUCUUUUUCUGCAACCUGUACGUCAGCAUCCUCUUCCUGUGCUGCAUCUCCUGCGACCGCUUCAUGGCCGUGGUGUACGCUCUGGAGAGCCGGGGCCGCCGCCAGCAGAAGACUGCCAUCCUCAUCUCCGCGUCCGUCUUUGUUCUUGUCGGGCUUGUCCACUACCCAGUGUUCCAAAUGGAAGAGAAGGGCACCUGCUUCGAGACGCUGCCGAUGACCAGCAAGAUCGCCAGCUACUACUACUCACGGUUCACCGUCGGCUUCGCCAUCCCUCUCGCCAUCAUCGCCUUCACCAACCAGAGGAUCUUCAGGAGCGUCAAGCUGAGCGUGGGCCUGAGCGCCGCCCGGAAGGCCAAGGUGAAGAACUUGGCCACCGCAGUCGUGGUCAUCUUCCUGGUCUGCUUCGCCCCCUACCACGUGGUGCUCCUCAUCAAAGCCAUCGCCUUCUCCUACUACCAAGGAGACGAGGACUCCGUGUGUGCCUUCGAAGGCAGCCUGUACACGGUCUCUGUGGUGUUCCUCUGCCUGUCCACGGUGAACAGCGUGGCCGACCCCAUCAUCUAUGUGCUGGCCAGCCGUUCACGGCAAGAAGCAUUUGGAAUUCACAAGGUGUGGAAAAAGUGGUCCACAAAGACGGAUGUCACCUGCUCGAAGGACUCAGAGGAGGUGCAAUUGCCCAUGUCACUCGCAAAUGGCCACAUGUCCCCGAGGCCUGUCCAUGCGCCAGAGUCAUAGCUGGCACAUGGGGCUCACUGUGUGCCCUGGAGAGGCUGAACAAACACUCCUGCUGAGCCCAGUGUGCUGCAGGGCGGGACGGCCGGUGCAGGAGCCUGGGGGCCAGCUGCCUGGCACCCCCACUGAGCCCACCAGCUGGGGUCUGUGGUGCUGGUUGUGCAGCCCCUCGGGAAGACACGCCAUCGAUUGCUCACUCCUGGAGCCACACCCUGCGGGAGCCUCUGCCCCUUGGAGGUCCCAAUCCGCUAGGCUCUCCCACUGGGUGCAGAAGCCCCACGUGGAAGGUGGCGGCACGCCCAGAGUCAGGUGAUGCUUCCGGCUGCAGGGAGCCCGGGGAGCUGGCAGCAGGCAAGGGGCUUCUUCAUACGUGGCUUGUUCUGGCUGGAUCUCUUGGCCAUUAGCAAACAGCAGGGCUGCUGGCAGAGGCCACGUGCCUGCCUGGUACUGCCAGCAGCUGGCACAUGCCGUGCGCGGGCUGGGGGCCCGGUCAGCAUCCAUGGUGAUGACUUUAUUUUCUGUGCUUUUCUGCCAGCGUUGAUUGGAUGAUGGUGACAGUACAUUGUGGGGCCUUCGUGCUUCUGCCUCAGCACAUGUGUGCAAACUGUGCAUCUUUGCACAGUGCCCAGCCACUGUGGGACAGCCAGGACGCAGGCGGGGGCAGGAGCCCAGCCCCGAGGGCCCUCGGCUAGGGCUGGCUCUGUGCUGAGCAGGUCUGACGCUGUAGGCUGCUUCGGACCCCUUGCGGCAGCUGCCGGGAAGUCUGCCAGCUGCUCUGGCUCCCAGCAGGGCAGCCCACGUGUCCUCAGCAUGGAACCCCAGGAGCUCAUGUCAGGAGCACCUGUCAGCUAGAAACGUUGCUGGGCUCCCCAGGAAGGCGGCACACCUGCUGACGAGGCUCAGAGGAUGGUUGGAAGUCCUUCACAUCAACGUCUUCUGGCUUCGUUGUCAGGGGAGAGGCCAGCCGAGGGCUCGGGACAGAGCGAACUGGGAGCAGGCAGGUGACGGCCCCUCCGCCUCCAGCCCCUCACUAAGGUGCGCAUGGGGCCCGGAUGGAGCCCGGAACUGGGUCUGCCGUGUGGCUGAGAGAAAGUGGGUGCCCUGCAAACCACACAGCUCAGAGUCAGAUCCUGGCUCUGCCCCUGACAAGCCUCAUCUAGGCCAGGUCGUGUCGCUGCCUCAGUUUCCCCGUCUGUAGCAAGGCCAACGACACCUACCUCACCGAGUCAGCGUCAGGUGCUGGCCCACUACCUCUGCCUCAAGCACUUCACCCCUACCCCCAGCACAGCACUGUGAACCAGCGAACCAGCGAGCUCAGCAGGCCCCCUGGGGCGUGGAGGGCCUGGCACCCGCGACGCACAGUGCAGCGUCCCUUUGCCGUGGAAGCUCUGCUGGGCCGUAGUGCUGAAUUACGUUCUCAUUUCUGUACGGCUGCUGUCGACUGUCCUUCUUCACUGUGAGAGACAUUGAGAAAAUAAGUUUAGAAAUAAAAAGGCAAAAAUACACGUCA